AGGAGAAGAGAAAAAUAAGUUGCUGCUUUAAGAAAGAGAGGAGCGAUAGAGAGAGGGUUUGGAUCAGUGAGCUGCUCAACUCUUGUGUUUUUUUCCUUCCCCUCUUUGUCUUGCACGGACUCCUAAUUUGGGAUUUGUUUAAAAGCAGGACUGCGCCUCAGGAAGACUUUUCCUUGCUGGGGAAAGGGAACCUUGCUCCCUUUUCUCUGACAUUAAACACACACGCACAUACACACUUGUGGCCAAAAUGUCUGACUCCACUGUCAACGCUCACUUGGAAGGGAUCAUAUCAGACUUUGAAGCACUGAAACGGUCAUUUGAGGUGGAGGAGACGGAUACAUCCACAAACCCCUCGCCCCUGUCUCGUCGUACCACCCACCCCCUUCGCUCAUCUGCCUCCUCCGCAUCCAGCCAGCGGAGCUACGACCUGAGCUCCCGCGGUUCUGAUUACUCCUCUUCCAGAUCUUCCCCCUCCGAGUCCUCCAAUCCACGUUCUCCAAACACCAGCAUGAGGCGCAUUGAGUUAUCAGGGGGUCGUAACCCUGACCUAGCCUCAUCCCGUCGCACAGAAAUCUCCAUCGAGGUCUCCUCUAAGCAGAUUGACAACUCACCCAGUGCUGGCAUCGCUCGUUUCGGCCUUAAACGGCCUGAGGUCAGCCUGAGCAGUCGGAGUACCCCCCUUGACAGCUCCUCCAACUCCAUUUCCACAAACAGGCGGGGGGAGCUCAGCAUGACAAGGCCCCAUGAGCCCCCUGUCCCUCCCAGGAGGAUGGAUGCCCCAGUCUCAAGGAUCCCUGAGCCCCUUCAAAGAAGAGCAGAGCCCCCCUCCCCCAUCCUCAGCCCGGCCGAGGGGGUCUCCAGGAGGCCAGAGAUGCCUCUCUUCAGACAGCCGGAUGGUUUGGUGCCAGGCGGCGUGAUAGAGAACAACCACCCACCACCUGCACCUAGCGCUCCCCUGCCUUCCCUGGCAGAGCCCCGGGUGGAGAGGGGGCAGUCACCUGUCACAGAAGUGCCUGCAGCCCGACCAUCAGAGAGGCCAGAGGCGAUUUCCAGCUACAGCAGCAGUGCCAUGUCUGAGGUGGUGGUGCCUGAUGCUCUGGCGUCCCCGGCUGUGGGCGGCCUGUAUGGGGAGAAGGCCGGGGGCGCCGUGGUGGACUUCAGUUACGUGGGCAUCGAUGCCAUUCUGGAGCAGAUGAGAAGGAAGGCCAUGAAGCAGGGUUUUGAGCUCAACAUUAUGGUUGUGGGACAGAGUGGCCUGGGAAAGUCUACUCUGAUGAACACGCUGUUCAAGUCUAAGGUCAGCCGUAAGUCAGUGCUGGCUACAGCCCAGGAGAAGAUCCCCAAAACAAUUGAAAUAAAGUCAAUCAGUCAUGAUAUCGAGGAGAAGGGUGUGAGAAUGAAGCUGACUGUCAUUGACACACCAGGCUUUGGAGACCAGAUCAACAAUGAAAACUGCUGGCAGCCCAUCAUGAAGUUCAUUAAUGACCAGUAUGAGGCAUACCUGCAGGAGGAGAUCAACAUCAACAGGAAGAAAAGGAUCCCAGACUCCAGAGUCCACUGCUGCAUAUACUUCAUCCCCCCAACCGGACACUGUCUGCGACCUCUUGAUGUAGAAUUCAUGAGACGCCUCAGUAAAGUGGUCAACAUUGUCCCAGUCAUUGCCAAGGCUGAUACACUCACCCUGGAGGAGAGGGACUUCUUACAAAAGAAGAUCAGGGAAGAGCUGCGAGCCAACGGGAUUGAUGUGUACCCUCAGAAGGAAUUUGAUGAGGAUGCAGAGGACAGAAUGAUCAAUGAGAAGAUCAGGGAGAUGAUCCCAUUUGCUGUGGUGGGCAGUGACCAGGAGUACCAGGUCAAUGGCAGGAGGCUGCUGGGGAGGAAGACCAAGUGGGGAACCAUUGAAGUUGAGAACAUAGCUCACUGUGAGUUUGCCUAUUUACGAGAUCUCCUCAUUAGGACCCAUAUGCAAAACAUUAAGGACAUCACCAGCAGCAUCCACUAUGAAAUGUAUCGUGUGAGAUGCCUCAAUGAGAACAACACAGCGGUGGCUCAUGCUAACGGUAUCCCAGAGCGUCACCUCGUCACUCAUGAGAUGUAGAUGCCAGCUGCCCUGUCACAGCUGACCUCGAGUGGGUGUGUUUCAUUUGCUACGAAACUUUCACUGACAACCUUCCCACCACUUCAGCCCUCCACUCCAGCCCCCAUCGCACAGGUGGGACAGCAACUUAAAGGCCUGCCAGAGAGACUUUUUCCAGUCAUUUUCGGUGGCUGUGAAUGGACAGUUCAUGUCAGUUAAACACUAUUCUGUCACUAUCACUGACAAAGAGAGUGAAGAGAACUUUGGUUCUUCAUAUUGUGCCUACAGCUUGUUUUUUUUGUUUGUUUGUUUUUUUUUUUACCUGCUUCCUGAUCUUAACCUUUGUGGUUUUUACUUGUGGUGCCAAAAGUUCGGUAACUGCCAAAUAAACAGAUGCUCACCAUGUUUUAGUCAGAAUUGCCUUAGUCAGUGAUAUGUUAAUUGUGUCCACUUUAGAAAAGUAAACAUUUGAUAUUUUUAGCAGU